CAUAUGUAUCAAUAUCAAUAUGUACGGCACGCUGAGUCGUUUUGUAAUCCGGCCCUGCACAUGCUGGCGCGCCGUGGGACAGCGAUUCCUUCAGUACAGGAGCCAACUAGCAGACGACUCGGUGUCCACUGACCGGUCUGAGAAUAGAGCCCGAGAUGACUGGAAUAGUUUCCACUAUGCAGAGUAGGGUAGAGUUACAUAUAGUAGACCUAUGUGAACUAAAUCACCACGUCAGAAAUGGACAACACCGUCAUGAGGUGACAAUAAGGACAGAAUUUUACAAUAACAUGUUUUUGUCUUGACCGUCAAAUAUGGAAUUAGAGUAGAAGUAGCACCGAAGUGGCUGUAAAUGAUCUGAAAUCUGCACUAUAGGCUGAUCUAAAACAACAUUACACACAGCCACAACACGUCUGAUUGGUCAGACGAGUAGAGAGGGUGGAGUAUACAACAUGACAACUGAGGUAGUAUAAAUAGGAUCCUGUACAAGAUUCAAGGGGAUGACCGAGACUACAGACGACCACUCUAGCUGCUCAUGGGAGUUUAACACCAGCUAAACAUUGAGGGUAAUACUCCCAUCACUCAACACCAGACUACCAGUAUGGAGAUGUCCAGUACAACUUUCCUGCCAGUAUUUGGCUUCGGGUCAAUGGCCCAGUCAGCUGGACUUGCAGAGAUUGCCGUCAGGCUGUGCUUGAACCAACGAAAACAACUGUGUCCUCAUGUUUGGGUUCCCAUCCUGAAGCCCCAGCGCCCCUGCAUCCGUCCUCCAGCUUCAGACCAGCUAUCCUCUGAGAUCUUGAGCCAAGCAUACCUGACCCACCUUUUCCCAUAUCCCUUGGAUGACGACUUAGACGAUGAUGAUGAUGUUUUGCCCCCAAUCAAGAACAAACACGUGAUUUUCGCUGACUCGCGUGGGUUAUCCCUAACAGCCGUACGAGUGUUUUCUGACCAAGAGGAGCAGUCUGACCUUGACCUGCUGCCUUCGCUGCAGGGUUUGGGGAGCAUGACGGAGGCUGGCUACAGCUGCACCGUCAGCACCUGCUGCCCAGGAACGCGGCUCAAACUGGGCUUCCCGCAGCCUUCUGCAGAUUUCCAGGCCUUUCGUGCCAAGCUGGCGGAGAGCAUGGUUAUCCUGGAGAACUGCAGUGUCACCGAACAGGCCCUCCAAGGAAACGUGCGAGUCAGGAACAUCAGUUUCCAGAAGGACGUGCGUAUACGCAUCACCUUUGACUCGUGGCAGAGCUACAGAGACGUGCCCUGCACGUACCUGCAGAAACGCUUCGGAGGGCCUCAGACAGACAUCUUUGAAUUUAACGUAGCCGUUCCUAAAGUGCUAGAUGCCAAAAGGAAGAUAGAAUUCUGUUUAAGUUAUUUACCAGGAGGGCAGAGCGAGCCUUUUUGGGACAAUAACAACGAGCAGAAUUACAGCAUUUCCGUUUGUGUGAGCUCACAUCUCUGUCGCGGGCAGUAUCUAAGUGAAAGGGCAUGAGCCUAGAAAUGAUCCUGAUUUUUGUCAGACAUAAAACAUCGGCCCUGGGUAAAGAUGAGGUGGAUAUUAUUUUUAUUACAUUACAAUUUGUUUUCCUAAAUGUUUAGACAUCUUAAGUAAGUGCUUUGUAUAUAAAAAAGUCUUUAAAGCAG